ACACGCGUAGUGUUCCGUUCAUUUGCUGAGUUGUUUUACUUUUAUUUUUAUUAUUUUUCCUAUGGUUUUUAAUAAAAUGUUUAGUGAAGACACGGAUAGAGUGAAUUUGGCAUGACUCCUAUUCGAUAAAAAUAAAUCCCGGAAAUCAGGACCUUAACACACACAGUACCAGUUCUACGUUACCUGUUGGUGGUAUUGUGUUUUUCGUUGGGUAACGAUACAAUUUGUAAAUUGAUUUUUAAGAGUGUAUAAACAUUUUAUUCUGGUGCCUUAUUAAUCAACUGCAGAAAUGGAUAAAAAUAUUUAUGGAAAACUACAGCCUCAACAAUAUCAUGGCACAUAUCAACCGUAUAGAUGUACACGAAAAAAUGGUUCAAAACCAGGAUAUGCAUUGCUCGCGGACCUGCAAAGCACAAUACAGCAGACCAACAAAUUAAACAGUGGCGUCAACGGAGGAUAUGGAAGUAUUAAUGGUGGAGUUCGCUCUCGAUUGGCUUCUGCUGGUUCACCGGUUGCACUAGCACCAGAAUAUGCCACGGUCCGAUCUCACAAGAUUGAAAGGUCAACUUCAAACCCUGCGGUUCGGCAAGAAUUAUCGCCAACACAACCUAGAAAUGAAUUUAAAUCAUCAAAAAUGACAUCUUCAUUGAAUAAUAAUCUUUCGGAACUUGACACAUUACUUCAAGAUCUUAGCAAUUCACGCUAUGCUGAUAAAAAAUUGGUUAAUGGAGAUUCUUAUUCUAUUCCAACAAAAACAGUAAAUAUUCCAACACGUCCAUCAGUAGAUUCUCUUUUAGAUGAGUUGGACACAUCACUUUCUUCAAAAAGUAACAAUGGACAAUUGAUUUCAAAGAUGAUGAUGGAAGAAACCACUACCACAACUACCCGUACUGUCUGUCCAACUGCUUCUUCAGCUACUCGAGAGUUAGAUGAUUUAAUGGCUUCGUUAUCAGAUUUUAAAGUAUCCAGUCCGGUGCGGGCUAGCUACGCAACCGAAUCGGCAGACUCGGCGGCGCCACGUUUAGACUGCAUGCUCGGCAGCCUCACGGCCGAAAUGAACAGACAGGGCGUGAACACGACGCAGAAGGGAUGCUGCACUGCGUGCGACAAAGCCAUCGUCGGGCAGGUGAUCACAGCGUUGGGCAAAACCUGGCACCCGGAACACUUCACGUGCAACCACUGUUCCCAGGAGUUGGGAACUCGCAAUUUUUUCGAACGCGAAGGCCGGCCGUACUGCGAACCGGACUACCACAACCUGUUCUCGCCCAGAUGCGCGUACUGCAACGGACCCAUACUCGACAAAUGUGUGACGGCCCUGGAGAAGACCUGGCACACGGAACACUUUUUUUGCGCCCAGUGCGGAAAACAGUUCGGCGAAGAAGGAUUCCACGAGCGCGAAGGUCGCCCAUACUGCAAAGACGAUUACUUCGACAUGUUCGCGCCCAAGUGCGGAGGAUGCACCCGGCCCAUAAUGGAGAACUACGUGUCGGCCCUGUCCACUCAAUGGCAUUCCAGCUGCUUCGUCUGCCGGGACUGUCGUAUGCCUUUCGUCAGUGGCCAGUUCUUCGACCACGAGAGCCAGCCCUACUGCGAGACGCACUAUCACGCUAAGCGCGGGUCGCUGUGCGCCGGAUGCCACAAGCCGAUCGCGGGCCGUUGCAUCACAGCCAUGUUCAAGAAGUUCCACCCGGAGCAUUUCGUGUGCGCCUUUUGCCUGAAACAGCUCAACAAGGGAACGUUUAAAGAACAAAACGAAAAACCGUACUGCCAUUCGUGUUUUGAGAAGCUGUUCGGGUAAACCGAUGAUGUGACAACAACUAUCGACAGUGGGGCGAUCAACGACGUCAGAUCGAUAUGAUUAUUGUAUCGUAUAACGAUUAUAUUAAAUUAUUAUAUUAUACAAAGAGAUACGAUCACGCCGCUGUUGGUUUUAUACAGAGCAAUAGAUAAUAAUAUAAUAAGUGUAUUUUGUACAACCAACGAAUUUACCAGGCUUCGAAAUAAGGCUCUCGGUUACUAUCGUUUAACCGCCUAUACCUAUAUUUUAUCAUAAUAAUAUUAUGUUUCGAACUCUGUCUUCCCUCACAAAAUAGCCAAUAUCUUCACGCCUUAGGUAUAACAUAAUAAUAUUAUAUCCGUUUUUCUUUACUAACACAAUUUAUAUUUAUAUUAUUAUUAUUAUUAUUUUUUUAAUAAUUUUUAAUUCUGUACAAAAAAUAUUAUUUUCCAUAUUAGUUUUGUAUUGUUAUGUGUUUUAUAAUUAUUUUUUUGCAAUUAAUCUGCCUAUCAGCUGUAGGCAUUUUCUUUUACCCCAUUCCAAUUUUUAAAGUCGCAACCACAACGUAUAAUAAUAUAAUUAUACUGUAACACCAUUUCAGUAUCAUAAUUAAGUGGCAUUCCACAUUUGGAUUUUAAUGACUUAAUAUUUUAAUGGUAAUUAUUGAUAUUUUGUAAAUUGACGAUAACAAUUUUAAAAUGUAAAAAGAUAUUAUAUAUAUUUUAGAAAAGUAUUUUCAUUGUUAUUGCUUUCUUGGAAAUAGGAAUGUAUAUAAACUGUUUAUAAAAACUUUCAUUACUAUUUAGAAUUUGUGUUUUUUUUUUUAUAACUUCGGCUCUAUAUAACAUAAUGUUAACGAUUAGUUGAUGGUAGGUAGCAAAAAAUAUUAAUUUCUAAUAUUAUUUGUUGUUUGAUCAUUAAUGUUAUGUAAUUGUGUCGUACUCAAACAGUAAAACGUGUCAUAAUGAUUUGAGCUAUAAAAAAAAUUAUACUUUUAGUUCAACACCAGUUAAUACUUAGCUUAAAUCCACUGUGAAAUUGUACGAAUUCAAAUUAUCAAUUGCUUAACACUAUUAACAAACAAACAAACAAAAAUUAUAUUUACCUACUAAGUUUAUAAUAAAUAGUCAAUGUAAAAUUAA